AUGUCAUAUCCACAGUUUGGGUAUCCGUACUCGUCUGCACCCCAGUUCCUGAUGACCACCAAUUCUUUGACCACUUGCUGCGAAACUAGUGGCAGGACUCUUUCGGAUUCUGCUGUAGCAGCGUCUGCCCAAACGCCAGUUUAUUGCCCUGUUUACGACAGUAGACUUCUGGCCACCGCCAGACACGAGCUGAGCUCGGCAGCGGCUCUGGGUGUUUAUGGGAACCCCUACACAAGCAGCCAAGGCUACGGAAACUACGUUACUUAUGGUACCGAUGCCUCCGCUUUCUACUCACUGGGUACCUUUGACACAAAAGACGGAACAGCGUCUGCGCAUGCGGGGAUCACACAAGCUGCCGCGUACUAUCCAUAUGAUCCUACCUUGGGGCAAUAUCAAUAUGACAGAUACGGAUCCAUGGAUGGAGGGACAAGAAGAAAAAAUGCAACUCGUGAAACGACGAGUACACUGAAAGCUUGGCUUCAGGAGCACAGGAAAAAUCCCUAUCCAACUAAGGGAGAAAAGAUCAUGCUGGCUAUCAUUACUAAGAUGACCCUCACGCAGGUCUCCACCUGGUUCGCGAAUGCCAGGAGGAGACUCAAGAAGGAGAACAAGAUGACUUGGCCUCCUCGAAAUAAAUGUUCCGACGAGAAGAGAUAUGAUGAUGAUGAUGAUGAUGAAGAGGUAUCUCAAGACGACCAAAUCAAAAGCGAGAACAACGACGAUGAGAAUCGAAGUCGUGAGGAUAAAGAUCUCCAACUAAGCGAUCUGGACGACUUCGAUACAAUUGAGUCGGAGAGUUCUGAGUGCGAGCUAAAGCACCAAUUUCAGAUGAACGCGCAUAUGGCGACAGCAGACUGUCCGAGUGAUCUUCUCAAAGAAACGUCUUUAAAAAUAUCCAUUCCUGUUUCUUUUGACGUGGAUCAGGAGCUGACCAAAAGCUGCCUGAAAACCGCUGCCGACGAUUGUGAAGACGAUGUCAUAAGCAGGCACCAAAUACUUGAAUGCAAGCCAAGAAUCUGGUCGCUGGCUCAGACUGCCACUUCUUUAAACCAAACUGAGUACCCGUCAUGCAUGCUCAGAUGCCAACCGACUGUGGCUUCUUCUCUGACUGCGUCCUCUACAGUAAACGUUAUCGAUAGACAGAAGGAUUCACCGGUUACCACGCUUAGAAACUGGGUUGACGGGGUAUUCCACGAUCCUUUAUUUAGGCAUAGCACUUUGAAUCAGGCAUUAACCAAUACUACAGUUUCUUGGACCACGACCAAAGGUUCUAUACUGGAGACAGGUUCUCUCGGACGUUCUGUUGGAAACACGAUAAAAGGACACAUUCCUUCCCUACAGCACCAAGAUUCUAACAAAGACAGUGCAUUCCCUAAACCGGGGAGCAAAAUGUAUUGCUCUUAA